AAAAGUGAGUAUGAACAGCUGCAGGAGGCUCUGUACACAGUGACAGUGGAGAGAGAUUGCGCUCUGUCCGAGAGAAACAAGCUCCAAGGCAAACUGGAGAACCUAGAGCAGGUGCUGAAGCAUAUGCGAGAGGCUGCAGAGAGGAGGCAGCAGCUAGAAUUAGAGCAUGAACAAGCCCUGGUCGUCCUCAGUGCCAAGCAGCAGGAGAUUGACCUUCUGCAGAAGGCUCAAGUUGAGGCUAAGAAGGAACACGAAGGCGCUGUCCAUCUGUUAGAGAAUCACUUGGACAGCAUGCAGGCUAAAGUGAGAGAACUGGAGGAAAAAUGCCGGACACAGAGUGAGCAGUUUAACCUGCUCUCAAAAGAGUUGGAGAAGUUUAGGUUGCAGGCUGGGAAGUUAGACAUCCUGAGCAGCAGUCAGCUGACAGGGGGCGACUUGCCCGGCUCGCCCACUAAAUCCCUCUCACUCGCUCAGCUCCUCAACGGCCUCGCUGGCCCAACAGGGAAAGGUAAUGAGGAUCCUGUGAGUAAGAUCUCCGAGCUCAUUCGGCCUCUGCAGAUGAGUGAGGGGGAGAAGGUAGAGCUCCUGUCUGUCAAACCCACCUUCCUGUCUCGCAGCACAACCUCCAACCCACGACGGGCUUUUCUCUCAGAGGUGCGGCCUGUCGUCGCCGCUGCUAUGGACAAAGAAAGCACCUCGUCUCCCAGGUCUAGGUCCAGAUAUACAGGCAAAGUGCGAUUGUGUGUCGCUCGCUACAAUUACAAUCCUUAUGAUGGCCCAAAUGAGCACCCUGAAGCAGAGCUCCCCCUGUUGGCUGGGAAGUAUUUGUAUGUUUAUGGGACCAUGGAUGAGGACGGUUUCUAUGAGGGGGAGUUGUUGGAUGGGCAGCAAGGUCUUGUCCCCUCCAACUUUGUGGACUUUAUCCAGGAUGAGGAGCUCCCUUCGGUUCCUCUCUCUGAUCGCAUCAAGGAACCGUCUUACCUCAACCACAGCCCCGCCUCGAUGCCGAGCAGUGCCGUGAGCACUCUGAGCACCCUGCUGUCAGAGAAGCUGGAUGCCUUGGGCUCGGGGAUGGGGACCGGCACCAGCAGCAGCAGCGGGGUGAGCAGCUUAGGCGUAAGUAGUUGGGGCAUGAGCAGCUUGGGCAUGAGCAUGGGCAUGGACUUCCUAGGAUCCUGCAGCAACGGCACGGGCACGCUGGACGUGAACAUCGACGAGAUCGGAGAAGACAUCGUGCCUUAUCCUCGCCACAUUACCUUGAUCAAGCAGCUGGCCAAGAGCGUGAUCAUAAGCUGGGACCCGCCUGUGGUGAUGCCCGGCUGGGGUCCCAUCAAUGGUUAUAACGUGCUCGUGGAUCAGGAAGUGCGCAUGAGCGUGCCGUUCGGCGGCCGCACGAAAUCCUUGAUCGAGAAGCUGAACCUGGCCUCCUGCACACAUCGCAUCUCAGUCCAGAGCAUGACGGAGCGCGGGCCCUCGGAUCCGCUGCGCUGCACCCUGCUUGUGGGGAAGGAUGUGGUGGUGGCUCCCUAUUAUCUCCGCAUGGAGAACACCACACAGGUGUCGGCAGAUCUAGUCUGGAUGCCGAGCAACAGUAACUACAGCCACACGAUCUACCUGAAUGAUGCGGAGUAUGACGUGGUGAAGCCGGGAGGGUACAAGUAUCAGUUCUACAACCUGAAGCCCACAACGGUCUAUAAGAUACGGGUGGUGGCCAGACCUCAUCAGAUGCCCUGGCAACUGCCUCUUGAACACAGGGAGAAGAAAGAGGUCUCGAUGGAGUUCUGCACACAACCGGCAGGACCUCCGUUACCUCCUCAGGACGUGCAGGUUCAGAUGGGACAGACUCCUGGAGUCUUGCAAGUUCGCUGGAAGCCUCCUGCUCUUACAACUACCGGCACCUCCAAUGGAGCCAAUGUUAUUGGCUAUAUAGUCUGCACUAAAGGUCAAAAGAUAGCAGAGGUAAUGUUCCCCACUGCGGAUUUCGUUACGGUGGAACUGAACCGUAUCCAGUGUCUGGAAGCACAGGAGGUCGUCGUGAGGACAAUAUCAGCACAGGGAGAGUCUCAAGACUCUCCAGCGGCCUCCAUUCCUCACACUGUCCUGGGGCCUCACCACCAUUCACACCUCCAGUCUCAUCCUCCACCUCACCCCCAGCCUCAUUCUCAGACACACCCACCCCCUUACCCUCAGGCCUACCCCCCAACCCACCCGCAGCCACACGUCCAACCUCACGGUGCCCCGCCACCCCAACCGCCACAACCUCCACCUCACCCUCAACCCCCUCAUCCCCACCCUCAGCAUCACAUCCACCCCUCGCCCUCACUGUACCCCAUGUCUAAACCCAAACUCCUACCAAGUGCCAGAGACCCCCAUGCCAAAGAUCCAGAGAUGGGAAGGCGACUUGGGCAGCCCUGGGAGCCACUUCCUCGGGCAUCGUCACCCUUACCGCACCGGGGGCACACGCUAGAGCCACCUCACAUAGAAGGCCGACGCUCACUCUCUCCCCAGAGGAUCUUGCCACAACCUCAGGGAGCGCCCAUAUCUAACACGGUGGCUCGUGAAAUGGCCCGCCAAGCGGCGCAGAGGAACCCUCCAAACAGCAGGGUGGAGAGGAGGAACAUCUUCAGUGAGAGGGGUAAUGUCUUGCACACUUUAAACUCGGAUGAAGAAGAGGACGUGUACGACUCCCCUCACACCAGGCGAAGAGGAGCAUCUGUGGAUGAAUUUCUCAGAGGUUCAGAGCUUGGCAGACACCAUCCUCACUACAGUCAGAGUGAGGAUUACUACACGGAGAGCAGCCGGGGCUCGGAUCUGUCUGACAUCAUGGAGGAGGAUGAGGAGGAGCUGUACUCAGAGAUGCAGUUGGAAGAAGGACGACGACGCAGCAUCAACUCGCACAACACGCUAAAGGCAUAUUACAGGCGUCAGGAUCUCGCUGUGGAACGCGACAGUUGGGACCUCCAGCGUGAGGUGGUGCGGCAGCGCUCCUUACGCUCCCACAAGCGGCUCCACAGCAUCCCGGAGGUGGCAGAGGACGACCCGGACACCGAGGUCAUGGGUCAACGCCUGCGUUUCGAGGAAGCUCGUCCAGGUACUCCGUGCAUGAGCCCCCGGCCCUAUCACCAGGACUCUCGGCAGCCAAACCCCCUGUCGCCCAACAAGUGCGUCCGGAGGCUGCAAAGGCAACGCUCCUCUCCGCGUUACACCUCUAUAGAUGAGAGGGCUCCCGGAGGUCCGUGCUGGAGCAGCAGCAGUAGCAGACAAACCACCAAGAGCCCUGACAGCGGACUUGACUGCGGCAGCGAGGAGGAGGGCUCGCUCGGAUACCGAGGGGGGUACCAUUCUUACACGGGGGGCAGCCCGCUGCGGGUGGGCUCUGGGCCCAACAUGCGGAUCAUCCACAGUGAGGGCCCGGUGGAGCGGCGCGCGCUGGCCGCUGGCAGGAAAAGGUCCCUCUCUCGACAGUGCAGCAUGGAGGAGGACUUCCUGGACGUCAUUCCGGAGAGGAGGAGCAUGCGGGAGUCGUACCAUCAUUACCACUAUUAUCCGCAUCAUCACCAUCCUCAACGCAGGUUCCGGAGCGAGGGCAGGCUGAGCGAGGUUGGCAGGAGCUAUGACAGGGACAUUAGGGCCUACUCUGUUGCCAGGCUCAACAGGGCAAUGGAUGAACCCCUGAUUUUAGGGAACUCUCCCUCAACAGGACGCUCGGAUCGACUGGACCAUCAUGGCCGUAGAAUGAAUCACGGCUGCCCGCCCCCUCAGAGACGACCGAUCAACGUUCCUUCCAUUGAGAUCACCGAGGAGAAUAACAGUGAGGGGAACCUCUCACCAAAGGACGAUGUUUACUAUGCCAGUGUAGCCCGUGGCAGGAAAUGGCCCCCACAGCGAGCAGAACACCGAUAUGAUGGUUAUGGAGGCCGAGAACGGAGGUCUCCAGACUAUUAUGAGUCAGAGCGAGAAGACCUACCACGAUUAUUUGUGGCCAUGUUUGACUACGACCCCCAGUCCAUGUCUCCCAACCCUGAUGCUGCUGUGGAGGAGCUCCCGUUUAAAGAGGGCCAGAUCAUAAAGGUACUUGGAGAAAAGGACACGGAUGGAUUCUACCGGGCGGAGGUCUGUGGCCGCAGGGGGCUCAUCCCCUGUAACAUGGUCUCAGAGAUCCACACGGACGACGAUGAAAUGAUUGACCAGCUGCUCAAACAGGGAUUUCUGCCUCUCAACACCCCCAUUGAGAAAAUAGUGAACUGUAAUAGGUUCAGUGAUGGCCGUUCAAUUAACCGCAGGUCCCGGAAGUCCAAGAGAGAGCGGAACAAGAGGAGUGGAAGGCAACAUCAGGUGUCGACACGGAGAAUGGUGGCCUUGUAUGAUUAUGACCCCAGAGAGAGCUCUCCAAACGUGGAUGUGGAGGCCCGCUAUGAGGGCAGCUUGCCGAGUGAGGAGGCUGAGUUGACGUUUUGUGCGGGUGAUGUCAUCACCGUGUUUGGAGAGAUUGAUGAAGAUGGCUUUUACUAUGGAGAGCUUAAUGGACACAAGGGUCUAGUCCCCUCCAACUUUCUUGAAGAAGUGCCUGAUGAUGUGGAGGUUUACCUCACCAACACCCCAAGCCGUCACCCCCAGGACCACCACCCGUCACGGACAAAGAGCAAAAGGGAAUGCAGAAACAAAAAGGAAUUGGAGAGAGUUACUAAACCCAGAGCUGUCCAUAGAGACGUACUAUAAAGCAUCAUAAUACAAGACUGAGGAGCCUUUAUUUUGAUGUCAAAUGCUCCAUUCGGGGAAAUAUGAACUGUUAUUGAAAUUGCAUAUUCAUAAAGCAUUGUUUGCAAAAGAAUACACGCAGAGGGGCGUGUCAGAUUAUUCCUUGUUUAUUGUGAUCAUUUAUGAAAAAAAAGAAGCACUAAAACAGACUUUAUUAUUUUUUACCUAAUUCAGAAGUGAAGCAUUGUAAUAGAUGCUUUAUGAAUGUACCUGUGUUGAAACGUGAAUCAAUUUCUAAUAGAGGAGAUAGUUUUGAUGUACAGAGAACUGAACCCAUGUAGAACUGUAGAACACCGCAUGCUUUUAUUUCAGAAUGCUUCAAAAAGACAGUGAGACUUUUUUUAAAGGAUCGAGAUCGGUUAAAAAAUCAGAACAAAACCUAAAACCUUUUGUAUAUGUUUCCAAAAUAAUUGUUUUGUAUAUUGAUGAUAUAUAUAUAUAUAUAUAUAAGACUAUCAAGCAUACAGAAAGCCACAAAACAUAUGUUUGCAUAGUAGAAAGAGAUAUAAAGAAUGAUUUUAUGUGUAGAUGUAGAUAUUGUACAAUGGUCUGUAAAAAAAGAGAAAAAGAAAAUAUAAUGAUGGACGUUCUGCUCGACUGUCAGAACCCAUCGAGAUUUUUCUGUACUGAAAGUUUUGUGAAUCUUUUCUCAUAGUCAUUGUGCAAACGACUGAGAUGCAUUACAUCACUGCAUUGUUUUUUUUUCUCACCUGCUUGGCAAAACAGAAGAAGAGUGUUCAUUUCACUCCGUAACGGCUCGAUAUUGAUCACGUAAGUGAGCAACUGUGGAUACCGCACGUCAUGUCGUCCCUGUCUAAUGCAAAGACACGGGUCCUUAUGUGGCUCCUGGUCUGGGAAAAAUGUACAUCACACAAAGGAUUUCCAACGAAAAGAUGUGAAGAGAUGUGUGUUGCUUUAGGUGAAAAACAAAAUCACAGAUAUUCACAAAAUCUUGCGUUCAUGCUGAUGUAUAUGGCAUUUUCCACAAACAUUGUUUGGUAUACUUCCUAGUGUCCCAUUACUUUAUUUUGCCCAUACUUAGCUUAUGAUACACUAAUAUGAAUAUGAAUAUAUAUUUAUGAAUGUAGGAUUUUCGACAUGCCAAUUUUAAAAUACGAAUAAAUAAUCUAUUACAGAUGUUUUAACAUUAAGAAUGUGGUGGUCACAUAAAUGCAGAUAAAAAUUGCAAAGUAAGUGCUUUUCAUCUAUGCUUUGGCCGCAGCCUUAAAAAAUGUCAUGUGUUCUGAAAAUGAAUUAAUUUCCCUGGCAUGCUUAACAUUUAUUUUACAAAUUAUUAGUAUUUUAGGAGAAAAAAAAGCAUUUGCAUUUCUUUGAGUUUUGGUAAGUAGUCAUAUUUUUGUUAUAUAAUUUUAUCUUUCUGACUUAUAAACUUAUUUUCCUGAAAGUCACAAACAACUGAUAUAAAGGUUUUAAAAAUACUUUUCACUUAAGCAUUCUGUAUCAGAGAUUCAUAUUUUAGCCACAGAAAUGAUAUAUAUUUUUUUAUAUAUAAUCAAAUUAUUGAUAUUAUUGGUCGCACGACAUGUGGUUGUUAUAAAUCAUUGACCAAUAUGUAUAUUAUCAUAAAUUAGGUAUGUAUAGAUCACAUACAGUAAAAUAGAGAUUCAAAUGGUUCAGAUAACCUUUCUGAAGGUCUCUUAAAAAAAUAAAAUGACCUAAUUUGUACCAAAAUGAUGGAAAUUGCCAUAUACCAUCAACAACAUACUGUACACACAGGAACAUCAGUUCACAGCUUCAGUAGAAAUAGAGCUGUGAUUGGUCCAUCCGACAUCAUUCACCCUGACCUAUGCAUUAGACGGGCACAGCUGGUAUCUUCAGUUGUUUCUCUGGGUGUUGUCCAUUACAAUGUUCGUAUUUCACUGCCUCCUACUGUAAGACGCUACAAGGCCAUCGUUGCACGGUCAGAACAGGACCCUACCCCUCACCCCUUAUCUUCUCUGUUGUGUGCAGUUUAGUAGGCUCCUAGUGUAAGUGCCAGGACAAACCCUCUCCUCUCCUUACACUGUAGCUGUGCACCCUACCAUACAACCAUACUGAUCUCAGAACAGAUUCACUCAAAUUGAAAGUUGGCAUGGUCAACCAGGUUAUAAAUGUAUGUGGCGAGUGCACGUUCCAUCUUUACAGUAACGCACAAGAAUAUCAGAUGGGUAUAAAUAUGACUCAAAAACCAAUAUGAGAACUAGAUUUGGGUUUAUUAUUCUUGGUCUAUCUCAGCUUGAUAGAAUUUCUUUUGAAGAUGAUGCGUUCUUGCAGCCACUUUUUUUUAAACGAAGCUUUUUUAAAUCAGGUUUGAUUUGGCUCCAACACCCUUGGUGACGUUUCCAUGCUGAAAAGUGAUAGAUUACUUCACAGGACUGGUAAAUUAAAUACUUAUCUUUUCUCUUCAACACCAUUGACAUCAUAGAAUUAUUUCUCUGUUAGAUUCUAAAGAUUAUAUAGAAUUGUAUAGAGAUACCGACGUGUAUGCAAGUACACAGCAGAUUUUCAUAAGGACAAAGUAUACAGGUUGUGAUCUUGCUGUUGAUGAUUUCAAAGCGUUUUAAAACUAGUUGUAAAUGUAAAAAAUUGUGUCACUAGUCGGAUAAAUUUCAUUGAAUAGAUCAAGAAAUGACUAACUUAACUUAAUGAGAUGCAACAUUUCUAUAAAUUUCCUGUCCUUAACAAUGACCUCAUAGAUUAAUGUUUAAAGAGCGUCCCCCUAUUCUGUAUAAUGCAAAAUGAACUCUCAAUUUCAAAUUGACUCUACGGUGGCCCUGCUGGGACAGAAUGGACUAUGAGAGGAGACGGAGUGUCUGAUGUACAUGACUUUAGACGCUUUAAAAAGCAAAGAAACAGUUUCUUUACUUUUUAAACAUCUAGCCCUGAACUGUCCCUUGCGGGUCUCCCAUUAGGUACCCGUGGAAAAAGCGGGCCCACCCGGAAGAAGUGCCACUCCCACAGUGUGCCCGCACAUCCCGGGGCCCGGCAGUUCCGUCCGGCGCCCCCGAGCCGAGAAAACAGGACUGCUCUCCAAAGGAAAGAAUCUGUUGAAAA